UUGUCAUUUAACUUUAUUCCACACACACCAUAUUCAUUUCAAAGUUAAUUUUCUCUCUCUUCACCAAAGAAAUCUGGAAAACUCUCUCAUUCUCAAACAAACCCUAGCCGCCGCCGCCUCCCUCCUUCAGUGUGUCUCCGGCGAUCGUUACAUUGCUCCACCAUCUUCAUCCUCUCCUUUUCAUCUGUAAUUAUACUCUAUCAAAAAAAUCAGGAUCGGACAACCUUCGCCGAUGACCACCACGCCGGAGCUUGCAACCACCGCCCCGGAAAAGAGCUUACGUGUUUUCAUCCCAAUCUUGUAUGUUGUCGAGAUCUGGGUCAGAAUUUUUACACAAACACUUAAACCUGGGCUGUUGUCUUCAUCAAGUCUGUGUAAAACACGAUAUACACCGACGGUGCAUUGUGUUACAUCGUAAAAAACAGCAGUGUUUCAACACAGUCACUUGGUCUAAACUAAAGAAAUAGACACCUUAAUGCUGCGACUUGCACUGCGAAGAGUUUCAUCAUCAUCUUUUUCUUCUUCUUGUUCCCGGUUCAUUACCGGUUCGGCUUCAAAACCAAGCUUAUCAAUAUGGAGGCGAAAGAAAGAGCUGGGUAAAGAAGGUCUCGUCAUUACCAAAGAGCUCAAGAGACUCCAAACCGACCCGGUUCGCUUAGACCGGUUUGUCCGGUCCAAUGUUUCUCGCUUGCUCAAGUCCGACCUUGUUUCUGUCCUCUUUGAGUUCCAUAGACAGGACAAUGUCUUUCUCUCUAUGAAGUUGUACGAUAUAGUGCGCAAAGAAAUAUGGUACCGGCCGGACAUGUUCUUUUAUAGGGACAUGCUUGUGAUGCUUGCAAGAAACAAAAGGGUGGAUGAAACAAAGAGGGUGUGGGAUGAUUUGAAAGGAGAGGGAGUUUUAUUUGAUCAGCAUACAUUUGGAGACAUUGUAAGAGCCUAUCUUGAUAGUGGUAUGCCCUCAGAGGCCAUGGACAUAUAUGAAGAAAUGAGACAAUCUCCCGAGCCUCCUCUGUCAUUACCUUUCCGUGUAAUAUUAAAAGGACUAAUUCCAUAUCCCGAAUUAAGAGAGAAAAUAAAAGAUGACUUUUUGGAGGUUUUCCCAGAUAUGAUCAUCUACGACCCUCCUGAGGAUUUGUUCGACGAUCAUGAGAAGCAUGAUGAUGUAUCUAAUAGUGACAUUUAUUGAGUCAGUGUUGGAUCUUUAUACACCUCCUCACAUCAAGGACCAGACAUUCGAAGCGGGAACAGAUUGAAUUUGAGCUAACUUUGGUUCCUUCGACACUAUUAUCUGCACUUUGCUGUAAAAUAGAGAUAUUGAAGUUUGAAGCAUAUUUUUAUAUACUGAAGCAGCUUGAUGACAUGCAAUGCUGAGACCCGGUAGCUGCUAUUUUGAGUAAUCUCAUUUUUUUCGCUUUUCUCCAUUAAUCUCAGUGAUGAGAUUUUCCAAUUCUCUCUCAUCAUUGUACUUUAUACAUCUGAACAUUGACAGUUUGAAUGAGUAUUGGGAAGAGAAGUUGUUCAAUGUGGAAAUACACAUGCACACAUUUUUUUCUUUCUUUUGAUAACAAUAUUCAGUGUAUUUAA